AGAGUAUUCCGGGCGAUUGGGUCUUGCUAUUUCGGUACUCCCCUCUUUGGGUGGCCAACAUGUCUUUGACCUCUGCCUACCAGCAUAAGUUAGCGGAGAAGCUCACGAUCCUGAAUGACCGAGGCCAGGGGGUUCUUAUCCGCAUGUACAACAUCAAGAAGACCUGCUCAGAUCCCAAAUCCAAGCCACCCUUCUUACUGGAAAAAUCCAUGGAACCAUGUCUCAAGUACAUCAACAAGAAAUUUCCCAAUAUAGAUGUCCGAAACAGCACGCAACAUUUAGGACAAGUUCAUCGUGAGAAAGCUGAGAUAGUUAGAUUCCUCAUCAAUUACUACCAGUCAUUUGUGGAUGUCAUGGAGUUUCGGGAUCAUGUGUAUGAACUUCUCAACACCAUUGAUGCCUGCCAGUGUCACUUUGAUAUCAAUCUCAACUUUGACUUCACGCGGAGUUACCUGGACUUGAUUGUGACUUACACCUCGGUCAUUUUACUCUUGUCACGGAUUGAGGAUCGCCGUAUACUCAUUGGCACGUACAACUGUGCCCAUGAGAUGCUCCAUGGGCACAGUGACCCCAGUUUUGCUCGCCUGGGUCAGAUGGUCUUGGAGUAUGACCAUCCUCUGAAGAAGCUGACGGAAGAAUUUGGGCCUCAUACAAAGGCCGUGAGUGGAGCCCUCCUCUCUCUGCACUUCCUCUUUGCUCGGAGGAACCAGGGGGCUGAGCAGUGGCGCAGUGCCCAGCUUCUAAGUCUCAUCAGCAGCCCCCCAGCCAUGAUUAACCCUGCCAAUUCAGACACAAUGGCCUGUGAGUAUCUGUCCGUGGAGGUGAUGGAGCGAUGGAUCAUAAUGGGGUUUCUUCUUUGUCACGGGUGCCUCAACUCCAACAGCCAGUGCCAGAAACUGUGGAAGCUGUGUCUGCAGGGCUCUCUGUACAUCACCCUCAUCCGGGAGGAUGUGCUGCAGGUGCACAAGGUCACCGAGGACCUGUUCAGCAGCCUGAAAGGGUAUGGCAAGCGAGUGGCGGACAUCAAAGAAAGCAAGGAACAUGUCAUUGCAAACAGUGGCCAGUUUCACUGUCAACGACGGCAGUUUCUGAGGACAGCUGUGAAGGAGCUGGAGACCGUGUUGAAUGAUGAGCCAGGGCUGCUGGGUCCUAAGGCUCUUUUUGCUUUCAUGGCCCUGUCUUUCAUUCGUGAUGAGGUCACCUGGCUGGUUCGCCAUACAGAAAAUGUUACCAAGACAAAGACACCCGAGGAUUACAUUGACUCGAGCAUUGCAGAACUGCUUUUCCUCCUGGAAGAGGUCAGGGCUCUUGUCCAAAGACACGUCAAAGUGAUUCAGCAAUACCACCUUCAGUACCUGGCCCGAUUCGAUGCCCUUGUGCUCAGUGAUAUCAUUCAGAACUUGUCUGUGUGUCCAGAGGAGGAGUCCAUCAUCAUGUCCUCGUUUGUCAGCACCCUGUCCUCUCUGACUCUCAAGCAAGUUGAUAAUGAAGAAAAAUUUGACUUCUUUGGAUUGAGGCUGGAUUGGUUCCGCCUACAGGCCUACACCAGUGUGGCGAAGGCACCCCUGCACCUUCAUGAGAACCCCGACUUAGCCAAGGUGAUGAACCUCAUCGUCUUUCACUCCCGGAUGCUGGACUCAGUAGAUAAAGUGCUGGUGGAGACUUCUGACCUGUCAACUUUCUGUUUUCAUCUCCGCACCUUUGAGAAGAUGUUUGCUAUGACCCUGGAAGAACCUACCAUGUUACGCUACGCCAUUGCGUUCCCCCUGAUUUGCGCUCACUUUGCCCACUGCACUCAUGAGAUGUGUCCUGAGGAGUACCCCCACCUGAAGAACCAUGGCCUUCACCACUGUAAUUCCUUCCUGGAGGAGCUGGCCAAGCAGACCAGCAACUGCGUGCUGGAGAUCUGUGCUGAGCAGCGGAACCUCAGCGAGCAGCUUCUGCCCAAGCACUGUGCCACCACCAUCAGCAAGGCCAAGAACAAGAAGACCAUGAAGCAGAGGCAGGCUCCUAGGAAAGGGGAGCCUGAGAGGGACAAACCAGGAGCUGAGAGUCACCGGAAGAACCGCAGCAUUGUCACCAACAUGGACAAACUACAUCUAAACUUGACCGAACUGGCACUGGCAAUGAAUCAUGUAUCUAGUUUCUCUGUGUUCGAACACACCAUCUUCCCGUCAGAGUAUCUUAGCAGUCACCUGGAAGCCAGACUCAACAGAGCCAUCGUGUGGCUGGCUGGCUACAAUGCCACAACCCAGGAGAUCCUUAGGCCUUCUGAGCUACUGGCAGGAGUCAAAGCAUACAUCACUUUUAUUCAGUCACUGGCGCAGUUUCUGGGUGCAGAUGCUUCCAGAGUCGUCCGCAACGCCCUCCUGCAGCAGACACAGCCACUGGACUCCUGUGGCGAACAGACUGUCACUACUCUCUACACAAACUGGUACCUAGAAAGUCUCCUCAGACAGGCAAGCGGUGGAGCCAUCGUCCUCUCCCCAGCCAUGCAGGCUUUCAUCAGCCUUCCCCGAGAGGGCGAGCAGAACUUCAGUGCUGAGGAGUUCUCUGACAUCUCUGAGAUGCGAGCCUUGGCUGAACUCCUAGGUCCCUAUGGCAUGAAGUUCCUGAGUGAAAACCUCAUGUGGCAUGUGACUUCUCAGAUUGUAGAGCUGAAGAAGCUGGUGGUGGAAAACAUGGAUGUACUGGUUCAGAUAAGAUCUAAUUUUAGUAAGCCGGACUUGAUGGCCUCUCUGCUGCCACAGCUGACAGGGGCUGAAAAUGUGCUGAAACGCAUGACCAUCAUUGGGGUGAUUCUCAGUUUUAGGGCCAUGGCCCAAGAGGGACUUCAGGAGGUUUUCUCUUCCCACUGCCCCUUUCUUAUGGGUCCCAUUGAGUGCCUGAAGGAGUUUGUCACUCCAGACACAGACAUGAAGGUCACCCUGAGUGUCUUUGAGCUGGCAUCUGCUGCAGGGGUGAGCUGUGACAUCGACCCAGCCCUGGUGGCUGCCAUUGCCAAUCUGAAAGCUGACAGCUCAUCCCCUGAAGAAGAGUACAAGGUGGCCUGCCUGCUCUUGAUUUUUCUUGCUGUCUCCCUCCCACUCCUUGCUACUGACCCUUCUUCCUUCUACAGUAUUGAGAAAGAUGGUUACAAUAACAACAUCCACUGCUUGACCAAAGCCAUCAUCCAAGUUUCUGCUGCCCUCUUCACGCUGUACAACAAGAACAUUGAAACCCACCUCAAGGAAUUUCUGGUGGUGGCCUCUGUCAGCCUUUUGCAGCUGGGCCAGGAGACUGACAAGCUUAAAACCAGAAAUCGUGAAUCCAUUUCUCUGCUUAUGCGCUUGGUUGUGGAGGAGUCGCCUUUCUUGACCCUGGACAUGCUGGAGUCCUGUUUUCCUUACGUCCUGCUACGAAAUGCCUAUCGAGAGGUUUCCCGGGCCUUCUACCUGAACCGGCUAUCUGCCAGUACCCACUGAAGGGCCUUCUGGAUGUGCACAGAGCUGGCCACAGUGGGCUGUGGCCAUUUUGGAUAUGUGCAGAGCUGCUCCACAGUGGAAGCUGUGGUCAUUUUCUCAAAAGGGAAGGGGAGUGGGAGGGUGCCAGGGAGAUGGGGGUGGGGGAGGUCACACAGCUUACGAACAGGUAUGCUGAGGAAUAUCCAGGCUGGGGAAUCAUGGAGAAGUGGGCCAGGCUGGGGCCAUAGAGGACAGUUCAUAGACAAAGGGUUGUGGGACCACAUGUAUGAAUUUUUACCACAAAAAAACCCAGUGACCUACAAGCAUAUUUUGUAUCUUCUGGUAAUUCCAGCUUGAGCUCUGACAGGCAUGGGUCUCUCCGACCUUCAUCACUAUUCUAGGAUAAUGCUGGCGGGCAGAGAUGAUCAAUCAUCGUAUUAAACCAUAAUGAGCUUAUAAUCCUCCCGCUGGAGCUGCUAUUGUCUCCUGCACAUUCAUUAGGACGAUUAUCUCCUCUCUUCCUUUUCCAAAUGUGUUCAGCAAACAGCCCUCCUGCUCCCACUGCAGUGGACAACGCAGGGGCCCCUCCUCCAUGGGGUUCUUUCCUCUGCCCCUGCUUGACUGCUGUCCACACUGAGAUAGGGAGGAGGUGUCCUCCAGAACCUUCAUGGACAGCCUGCUUUCCUGUCCACUGUGGGUAAUGAGUGUGUCUCUUGCUUUCACCCCACCUUUUUUUCCUGUGACUCUCCACAACCCAGAACAGAGGGGCAGUUUAGAUUAAGUCCUAGGUCACUUCAGCAAAGUAAACCAGACUCAGGUGGUUUUUUUCCCCUCCUGUAUCAUUUGGGGGUACUCUAUCUCCUAAUGGGUGGGACUAAUUUAAUCCCAAAUCCCCUUGGCAGCCUGGGUACAACUGUUGCUCCAGGCAGGGAUUUCUCUUAUAGAUCUUAAACUUCACAGACCUCAUUAGGUUGUAGGGCCCUGAAAGUGGGUAUCCUUGAGGGAGUACAAGCUGUUUCAAUUCAGUCCUUUUCUGCACUAAUUAGAAUUUCAAGUGUCACAGAGCCUGGGGCAUUUAAGAUAGCACUAAACUAGGUUUAGUUAACUCCAUGACAGGAACCAGUAGCCCUAUCCGUCACUCACGCAGUCAUUGCCAGGGAGGCCGGAGCAACAGAUCAUGUGUGUCACAGGUCCAGAAUGGUUGAAAUGGGCAAAUAGAAUUAGUCAGUUGAUUAAUUAGGGUCAUGUCCAUACUUCCACGAUGAAAAGGAAGCAAUUGUUGGCUUUCAGCAAAACCAUCCGGCCUUCAUUAAACCAA